AUGGCCUGGCAUUCACCGGUGAAGACCUUGCUGGAGCUUUGGCCUGCGCUUCAGUUGCCGUCUAUGGUGCAUGCUGAAUUUCAACGCAUAACCAACCUGAAUCUUCAGAAUUCCUUCUAUGCUGGACUAGAUGUGUACACCAACCGUCUGAUGACACUGUUCAGACAAAAGGCAUCUAAAAACGGCAAGACUGCUGAUGCUUUGGCGUCCAUUUUAAAAGUUCAUGAUGAGCAGAUCCAACAUGAUGUCCACACUCGACGCACAACCGUGCUCCAUUGUCUACCUGCUUUCCUGCGUGAAGAAAUAUCAGGGGUUUUCAUCACUUCAGAAGAGGAUGCAGAGGUGCCGGAUCUAUCCACUUCACCUGUAGCCAUUCUAUCCAAAGUCCAUUUUGGCGACCGCCCAGUGAACUAUGGAAACCAGGUCUCCGUAGUGUUGGAGGGUCAAGAGGUUGUGACCUUAGAAAACUUUCCAGAAGCCUUCCUGAUUCCAGAGAGAGCAGAGACUGAACCGACAGUUUAUGUUUGGAAACGUGUUUCUGCUCUGAGGAAGAUUCUUCCUGUCAGAGACACUCACCUCCUCCAUCUCUGUCUGCUCUCUGUGGCUGUGGCUGCUCUCUGUGGCUGUGGCUGCUCUCUGCGGCUGUGGCUGCUCUCUGCGGCUGUGUCCAAGUGUCUGUCUGCGGCUGUGGCUGCUCUCUGUGGCUGUGGCUGCUCUCUGCGGCUGUGGCUGCUCUCUGUGGCUGUGGCUGCUCUCUGUGGCUGUGGCUGCUCUCUGCGGCUGUGGCUGCUCUCUGCGGCUGUGGCUGCUCUCUGCGGCUGUGUCCAAGUGUCUGUCUGCGGCUGUGUGGCUGCUCUGUGGCUGUGGCUGUGGCUGCUCUCUGCGGCUGCUGCUCUGCGGCUGUGGCUGCUCUCUGCGGCUGUGGCUGCUCUCUGCGGCUGUGGCUGCUCUCUGCGGCUGCUCUCUGCGGCUGUGGCUGCUCUCUGCGGCUGUGUCCAAGUGUCUGUCUGCGGCUGUGGCUGCUCUCUGCUACUGUGUCUGCUCUCUGCGGCUGUGGCUGCUCUCUGCGGCUGUGGCUGCUCUCUGCGGCUGUGGCUGCUCUCUGCGGCUGUGGCUGCUCUCUGUGGCUGUGGCUGCUCUCUGCGGCUGUGGCUGCUCUCUGCGGCUGUGUCCAAGUGUCUGUCUGCGGCUGUGGCUGCUCUCUGUGGCUGUGGCUGCUCUCUGUGGCUGUGGCUGCUCUCUGUGGCUGUGGCUGCUCUCUGCGGCUGUGGCUGCUCUCUGCGGCUGUGGCUGCUCUCUGCGGCUGUGUCCAAGUGUCUGUCUGCGGCUGUGGCUGCUCUCUGUGGCUGUGGCUGCUCUCUGCGGCUGCUCUCUGCGGCUGUGGCUGCUCUCUGCGGCUGUGGCUGCUCUCUGCGGCUGUGGCUGCUCUCUGCGGCUGCUCUCUGCGGCUGUGGCUGCUCUCUGCGGCUGUGUCCAAGUGUCUGUCUGCGGCUGUGGCUGCUCUCUGCUACUGUGUCUGCUCUCUGCGGCUGUGGCUGCUCUCUGCGGCUGUGGCUGCUCUCUGCGGCUGUGGCUGCUCUCUGCGGCUGUGGCUGCUCUCUGUGGCUGUGUCUGCUCUCUGCGGCUGUGGCUGCUCUCUGCGGCUGUGGCUGCUCUCUGCGGCUGUGGCUGCUCUCUGUGGCUGCUCUCUGCGGCUGUGGCUGCUCUCUGCAGCUGUGGCUGCUCUCUGCGGCUGUGGCUGCUCUCUGCGGCUGUGGCUGCUCUCUGUGGCUGCUCUCUGCGGGCUGUGGCUGCUCUCUGCGGCUGUGGCUGCUCUCUGCGGCUGUGGCUGCUCUCUGCGGCUGUGGCUGCUCUCUGCGGCUGUGGCUGCUCUCUGCGGCUGUGGCUGCUCUCUGCGGCUGUGUCCAAGUGUCUGUCUGCGGCUGUGUGUCUGAGCAGCACACAGAACCAGCAGCACACAGGACCAGCAGCACACAGAACCAGCAGCACACAGGACCAGCAGCACACAGGACCAGCAGCACACAGGACCAGCAGCACACAGGACCAGCAGCACACAGGACCAGCAGCACACAGAACCAGCAGCACACAGAACCAGCAGCACACAGAACCAGCAGCACACAGGACCAGCAGCACACAGAACCAGCAGCACACAGAACCAGCAGCACACAGAACCAGCAGCACACAGAACCAGCAGCACACAGAACCAGCAGCACACAGAACCAGCAGCACACAGAACCAGCAGCACACAGAACCAGCAGCACACAGGACCAGCAGCACACAGACACAGCAGCACACAGGACCAGCAGCACACAGGACCAGCAGCACACAGGACCAGCAGCACACAGGACCAGCAGCACACAGGACCAGCAGCACACAGGACCAGCAGCACACAGGACCAGCAGCACACAGGACCAGCAGCACACAGGACCAGCAGCACACAGGACCAGCAGCACACAGGACCAGCAGCACACAGAACCAGCAGCACACAGAACCAGCAGCACACAGAACCAGCAGCACACAGGACCAGCAGCACACAGGACCAGCAGCACACAGAACCAGCAGCACACAGAACCAGCAGCACACAGAACCAGCAGCACACAGAACCAGCAGCACACAGAACCAGCAGCACACAGAACCAGCAGCACACAGAACCAGCAGCACACAGGACCAGCAGCACACAGGACCAGCAGCACACAGGACCAGCAGCACACAGAACCAGCAGCACACAGAACCAGCAGCACACAGGACCAGCAGCACAGGACCAGCAGCACACACAGGACCAGCAGCACACAGGACCAGCAGCACACAGGACCAGCAGCACACAGACCAGCAGCACACAGAACCAGCAGCACACAGAACCAGCAGCACACAGAACCAGCAGCACACAGGACCAGCAGCACACAGACCAGCAGCACACAGGACCAGCAGCACACAGGACCAGCAGCACACAGGACCAGCAGCACACAGGACCAGCAGCACACAGGACCAGCAGCACACAGGACCAGCAGCACACAGGACCAGCAGCACACAGGACCAGCAGCACACAGGACCAGCAGCACACAGACCAGCAGCACACAGAACCAGCAGCACACAGACCAGCAGCACACAGGACCAGCAGCACACAGGACCAGCACACACAGGACCAGCAGCACACACACCAGCAGCACACAGAACCAGCAGCACACAGAACCAGCAGCACACAGAACCAGCAGCACACAGAACCAGCAGCACACAGAACCAGCAGCACACAGAACCAGCAGCACACAGAACCAGCAGCACACAGGACAGCAGCAGCACACAGGACCAGCAGCACACAGGACAGCAGCACACACAGACCAGCAGCACACAGGACCAGCAGCACACAGGACCAGCAGCACACAGGACCAGCAGCACACAGGACCAGCAGCACACAGGACCAGCAGCACACAGACCAGCAGCACACAGAACCAGCAGCACACAGACCAGCAGCACAGAACCAGCAGCACACAGAACCAGCAGCACACAGGACCAGCAGCACACAGAACCAGCAGCACACAGAACCAGCAGCACACAGAACCAGCAGCACACAGAACCAGCAGCACACAGAACCAGCAGCACACAGAACCAGCAGCACACAGAACCAGCAGCACACAGGACCAGCAGCACACAGGACCAGCAGCACACAGGACCAGCAGCACACAGAACCAGCAGCACACAGAACCAGCAUGCCAAUAG